GACAGUGAAGGUGAGCCAAGCCAAAAAAAAACUGGAGUCAAGUGGCGGUGAUUGACUCCGCUGAGCCGAGAAAGAGCUCCUGGAGCAAUCACGUUCAAUUGUCCAAAUCGUUAAGGCUGUUACUGGCUUCUCUUUGUCUCUGUGCUAUCCACCUGCUCUCAUCUCAUUAUUCCUGCGCUCUUCUCCAAACAUCCACUCCACUUCUUCUCUUUUUUCAAAACCCUCGUCGGAACAGACACAGAAUUCUCCGAAUAUUAUCCUCAUCGGAGGAGCUUCAGAGCUCAGCAACGGAGAAACCACUACCGGUGACCGGACUCCUCACUUUCUCCGUUUUCCUUUAAUUUCUCUUCAAAUUUUCCGAUUUGUACUUCACCGUUCUUACUCCUCUCAGUGAACUUUCAAACGCCGACGUUCAGGUUUUUUCUCGGGAAAAUUUAUCGUGGACGAAAAGGGAAAGGAAAAGAAAGUUUUCUAGAUUACGGGAUUAAUCCUUGGGGAGUCUGGACUCUUUUUGGAUGAUUGAUUUACGCGGAGAGAUAGGAAUCGAUUUUUUUUGUUUCGGAGUAUAAGGAUGCUGUGGAGAUCAAAAGAAGCUUUCGGCUUGAGUUAGUUUGCGAUAAUGUCAUUGUGUGAUUUUACGUCGAGAUUGGAAGGAUUUUUCAGAUUUUGAAAUGAGGAAUUUCGGUAUAAUUUGAGGCUGCAAAGUUGCAACUAUGAGUUGCAGCAGCGAGAGCAGAGUCGAGGAGGAAGAAUCGAGAACCCCCCACCGGAACUGUUUCACGGCGUGUCCGGAGUUGACUAUUGAUGAGAACUUGCUUCUUGACCCCAAAUUGUUGUUUAUCGCCUCCAAAAUCGGCGAGGGAGCUCAUGGGAAAGUUUAUGAAGGAAGGAGUCCUAGUUACAUAGGUAUGGUCUAAUAUGUUUCCAGGUAUGGUGAUCAAAUUGUUGCUGUCAAGCUUCUACAUGGAAGCACUGCAGAGGAAAGAGCUGCUCUUGAAAGUCGUUUUGUUCGUGAGGUUAAUAUGAUGUCUCAGGUGAAACAUGAGAAUCUUGUCAAGUUCAUGGGAGCUUGUAAGAACCCACUAAUGGUAAUGGUAGCCGAGCCAUUACCAGGAAUGUCACUCCAGAAGUAUUUAAAUAGCAUUCAUCCAAAUCUUUUAGACCUUCGUGUGGCAUUAAAUUUUGCCCUGGACGUUGCUUGAGCCAUGGAAUGUCUGCAUGCCAAUGGGAUUAUACAUAGAGAUCUGAAACCUGACAACUUGUUGCUUACAGCAAAUCAGAAGUCCAUGAAGCUUGCAGAUUUUGGUCUUGCAAGGGAAGAAUCAGUAACAGAGAUGACGACUGCAGAAACUGGGACUUAUCGGUGGAUGGCUCCUGAGUUGUAUAGCACUGUGACAUUGCGUCAGGGAGAGAAAAAGCAUUACAAUAACAAGGUUGAUGUCUACAGCUUUGGCAUUGUCUUGUGGGAAUUAUUUACCAACUGCAUGCCAUUUGAAGGCAUGUCUAAUUUGCAGGCUGUUUAUGCAGCUGCUAUUAAGCAAGAGAGACGUAUUCUUCCAAAGCAUAUUUCUCCUGAUCUGGUAAUUAUCAUCCAAUCUUGUUGGGUUGAGGACCCCAAUAUGAGGCCCAGCUUCAGCCAGAUAAUUCGCAUGCUCAAUGCAUUUCUCUUUACUCUGUCACCACCUUCACCAUCCAUAGCCGAACCUGACACUAAUGAGGCAGCAGAAACAAGCAAUGGAACAGACGCUGAAUUAUCAGUUCGUGCAAAGGGGAAGUUUGCUUUCCUCCAUCAAAUGUUCUCUGCUAAAAGGACCAAGAACUCACAAUGAGGGUAAAAUUUUGAAAAAUUUCCUGUUCCAACGUAACAUAGUUGGCAUGCAAUGGUAGGCAUAUAUUUUGAUAGGAUCUCUGGUUAAUUACCUUAGGGAGAGAAUUAUUAGCAAGGCAUGAAAAUGUUGCCAAAAAAGAAUUUUGGUGUGGGGGCCUGGAAGUGAAACUCCUUGCAUAUAAGAAGACAGAUAGAUCACCAUUACAUUGGUUACUUGAUCUCGUUGUAAAGCAGAUACAUGGUUUUUGACAUUCUGUUAAUUUGAAUAUUGCCUUCUUCAGCCUAUUUUCAGCAUUUGUACCACUAGCAAAAAGUGUUCAUUUUAGAGUCUGGGUGUCCAAGAUCAUCUUCACAUACGCAUUAUUGCUAAUGCCGCCACUGUGUCUUAAUGUUUUCAAUGAUUCAUGUCCGCUUCUGUAUGCAAAUCUGAUGACAUCCAUGAUGCAUUUCAUCAAAUGUGUAGUAGUAACAAGGACUGUUAGAUCAUUCCACGCAUACUACGGUUUGUUUCAACCAUCACAUUAACCAACAUCUUCCUUCCAUUUUCCUGCUUUCUUGUUUCAACUUUGAAAAGGGAAAUCAGUCAGCUGCAUUUCAUGCUUCACGUUUCAAGAACGGGAACGCCUUGGCAAUUUGUUGUUCAAAAAACUGUUGUGCAAUCUUAGACUGUACUGGAUUGUACAAUUAAAAUUAUUAGAUGAGA